GACACUGCCCACAUACAAUAUGCCCGCCCCAAACUGCUUCAUAAAGGCAAUCAAUUCAAUGAAUCUGUUCCUUUCCUUCGGCAAAUUUCCAUUUGAUGCAUUGUAAUUGUAAACCUUGACUUGAGAUGGCGUUAAACGAUAGCGAAGUAUCCGAGUUUAUUUUAACAGAAAACAACCACAGGGAAGAGACCAGGCGACAGCGAUGCAGCUCUCGGCUUGUCAUUUACUUUCUGUUGUUUUUAUGUGGUGGGCUAGUCGCAUUGGGGUUUCUCUUCGGCAGUAAGUUGUUUUCGAAGCGCACUGAGGUAGCCGCGAAAGAGGAAGCCGUGGCGGCUCGCGGCCAGGAAGGCGCGCUCCCGAACGCACAUCUUACCGCCUUGUCAGACGUCAAUGUCUCAUCUACAUACCUUCCGUGGGAGUACGAGAAAGGGGAUGCCUACCUCCACCUCUUUAGCUACGACGAGGAAAGGCACGCCCUCAUUGUCCCUGAGAAUGGCAGGUACUCCAUCUACCUGCAGGUGACCUACAGGGAGCCGUAUAAUCACAUCUGUCCCCAGAGCGGGCUGAUCAGGUUCCUGCAGGCGGUCUACGUUUGGUCGGACAGCUACAUGACAGACCGGAUUCUCAUGAAAGCCAAAGACCACGUCCACUGUGGCCAGGGGGUCAGGACGGUAACCAACACAGGCGUUUACUCGCUGGAGGCUGGGGACCGACUGAUGGUAUACGUCUCUCUAAAGAACUUGCUUGAAAUAGAUGAGAAGUCUCUCUAUUUUGGGGCGUUCCUUCUUUCUCGGGGGACGGAUGCAUAGUGUUUGGCGCACGUUUGGCGGAGAGCACUUAGCGGGUCAUCUCAAGCGUAUCGGGACGGGAUGCGUCUUCUGCUGUAUGCCAUGGACUUUGGGUCAGUUUGGGCUCAUUUUUCUUAUUGCUUGUUUGUUUCUUAUCCAGGAUGCUAUGCAGUCUGUCGUUUGGUGUGAGCUAUGUGUACCCCUGAGUCUUAUUUUCAGUUAUGUUUUUAUAAUCCUUUUUACUUUCGCGAAAUGCCGUAGUGUAAGGUAAACUACCAUUAAAAGAAGCAGAGAAGAGCGCUGCAAGAUUUGCACAUGAAAACACACACAUCUGUAUGUCCAAAGGUAUUGAGCGCUUGGCAGUCAGUUUUGGUUACUGUAAUUCACGUUAUAGAUCAAUUAUCCAUCCAAUCAUUUUCUGUAACUUCUUAUCCUAUUCAGGGUUACAGGGGUUUUGCAGUCUAUGGGCACAAGGCAGGGAAUAACCCAGGAUGGGGCACCAACCCAUCACAGGGCACCAACCCAUCACAGGGCCCACUCACACAUGCAUACCUACGUGCAUCUGCAUGUUUUUGGACUGUGCGUGGGGGGAAGCCCCAUCCCAACACUGGGAGAACACGAAAACUCCACACACAUGGAUCCAUGGUGGAGACUCGAACCCAGGUUCCAGAGGUGUGAGACAACAGUGCUAACCACUGUGUCACUAUGCAAACCCCGCCCCCCCCCGAGCAAUAUAAAUUAUAUACAUAGUAAUAUAUAAAUAGUAUUAUAUAUUAUAUAGUGACAAAAUCAUAUUAGGCUACUAAAAAUUCAAAUGAUCGACAUUACCAUCAGGACUGGCUAACAUAUGAAUGGGGUUUGGGUGACUCACUGUACUAACGGGCGUGGUUUUGCUCAGGCCCAAUGAAUGCAUGUAUAGAUUUGAUCCUUGAGUACAAAAAAGGUUUGUUCCUUGGUGUAACACCUGACCUCCUGACCUGUGUCAGGUCAAAUGAUGUUUUCUUUUUUACUAUGAGAAAAUUUGAUAAGAAAAUACAUUUUGAAUUGUUUAUAUUUUUAUGUUAAUAUCACUUUAUAAAUGGUUUUAAGGUUAAAAUGCAAUUACAGUACUUUAAUAUCGCCAUUGUCAUUGGCUAAAUGUACUGUUUUUUCUUUUAUAUUAUAAAAUAUUGUGAAAUAUAUUUUCUUUUUUAUGACUUAGUGGUUGUUCUCUAUGCAGUGUUUCAAUCUGUCUUCAGAUUCUCCCUUUCGAUAAGCAGUUAAUUUGUUGUCAUAAAAUAUAUCAGCAUGGAUUACAUUGUUAUUCAUUGACAUUAACUGCUGUAUUCAGCAUCGAAGUAUGUAUAUUAUUUAGUAAAUUUUUAGUAAACAAAAAGAAUUGAACAUGGGGUCAUUCUUUCAAGAUGAUAACUUCCGUAUUAAGUAAUACUUAUUAAAUAAUACAAUAGCAGGUUUUCUGUUUUUCAAACAUCAGUAAGAGAUUUGGGUCACUGGGGCUGCAGGUGCCACAGAGGCGGUGAAAUAGCACUGAAAGAUACUGUGUUACUUUGCAGACAGACAGAACCUUUGACCAAUGGAAGCAGUGGGACGUUCACAUGUAUACAUUUACUUUAUGUAAACUAAUUUCUUCAGAUAAAAGU